AUGGACAUGCAGGAUCUAGCCAGUCCCUCAGCCGUGAAUCCCCCUAAUGGUCCCAGCCUCGACAACUCCCAUAUCAAUACCAAUUCCAUGACCCCCCAAGCAACUGAAGGUGAUAACAUCACAAUGCUCACCACAGCUGACUGGUUGUUAAGCACUAGCUCACAGUCGGCUGCAGUUAAAACAGAACCAAUGAGCAGCAGUGACAUCACCACCCCAGUAGCCGACGCCUCCCUAGACAGCUUCUCAGGAUCAGUUAUUGGAACCAGUGGCUUCAGCCCAAGACAAACACACCAGUUCUCCUCACAGAUUUACCCUUCCAAGCUUAAGUUGUCUGACAGCAGUGAGUUGUGUGUGCAUCAAAUCAAUGUGGUGUUACUAACUGAUUCAGAUUCAUUAUGGGCAGGCAUAAAGACAGAGGGGGGACUGAGCCAGUCCCAAUCCCCAGGACAGACAGGCUUCCUCAGCUACAGCUCAGGAUUCACCACCCCUCAGACGGGCCAGGCUCCAUACAGCUAUCAGAUGCCAGGUGGCACGUUCACAACCACGUCAGGACUGUACGCAGGAAGCAACGCCCUCACGAACUCAACCGGCUUCAACAGUACACAGCAGGACUAUCCGAGCUACCCAGCGUUCGGCCAGGGCCAGUACGCCCAGUAUUACAACAGUUCUCCCUACACCUCCCCCUAUAUGACCAGCAACAACACCAGUCCCACCACCCCCUCGACCACAGCCACCUACACCCUCCAGGAGCCCCCCAGUGCCCUGACCAGCCAGGCCCUCACGGACCCCCCAGCAGUCGAGUACAGUACCAUCCACAGUCCUUCAACGCCCAUUAAAGAUUCAGAAUCGGAUCGAUUGCGGCGUGCCUCGGAUGGAAAGUCACGUGGCCGAGGGAGAAGGAACAACAACCCUUCACCACCGCCUGACUCUGACCUUGAGAGAGUGUUCAUCUGGGACCUGGAUGAGACCAUCAUCGUUUUCCAUUCCUUGCUCACAGGGUCUUACGCUAACAGAUACGGCCGGGAUCCCCCGACGUCUGUGUCACUGGGACUGAGGAUGGAGGAGAUGAUCUUUAACUUGGCAGACUCUCACUUAUUCUUCAACGACUUGGAGGAGUGUGACCAGGACAUCGAUGACGUCUCAUCUGAUGACAACGGUCAGGAUCUGAGUACAUAUAACUUUGUCGAUGGGUUCCACGCGGCAGCGACCAGUGCCAACCUGUGCCUGGCCACGGGCGUGAGAGGAGGAGUGGACUGGAUGAGAAAACUGGCCUUCCGCUACAGACGAGUAAAAGAAAUCUACACCACCUACAAAAAUAACGUUGGAGGUCUGCUGGGCCCAGCCAAACGAGAAGCCUGGUUACAAUUGAGAGCAGAAAUUGAAGCUUUGACUGACUCCUGGUUAACACUGGCACUGAAAGCACUCACAUUAAUCCACUCAAGGUCGAACUGUGUGAAUAUCCUGGUGACCACCACCCAGCUCAUACCUGCCCUGGCUAAAGUCCUGCUGUACGGACUGGGGAUAGUGUUUCCUAUUGACAAUAUUUAUAGUGCUACCAAAAUAGGGAAGGAGAGCUGUUUUGAGAGGGUAAUUCAGAGAUUCGGGAGGAAAGUUGUUUACGUUGUCGUGGGAGACGGAGUGGAAGAGGAGCAAGGCUCAAAAAAGCACAACAUGCCGUUCUGGAGAAUCUCCAGCCACUCUGACCUCAUGGCCCUCCACCAUGCUCUGGACCUAGAGUACUUGUAGCUACCGCCUGGCACUACACCGCCCAACCCCGAAACUGGCCCAUACCGGCCCCUACACCUACUGGCCCCUACCGGUCUCUACAUCAACCUGCUGGCCCCUACCGGCCCCUACAUCAACCUACUGGCCCCUACAUCAACCUGCUGGCCCCUACCGGUCUCUACAUCAACCUACUGGCCCCUACAUCAACCUACUGGCCCCUACCGGUCUCUACAUCAACCUGCUGGCCCCUACCGGUCUCUACAUCAACCUGCUGGCCCCUACCGGUCUCCACAUCAACCUACUGGCCCCUACAUCAACCUGCUGGCCCCUUCCGGUCUCUACAUCAACCUACUGGCCCCUACAACUACCUACUGGUCCCUACCGGUCUCUACAUCAACAUGCUGACCCC